GCAAGGGGCGGGCGCGGAACUGAUUUUCUAAGACGUGCCGGUUGUAAUUUUCGCUUUAUUCCGAAAGGCUUACCUAGGUUUCCCUUGGCCGAGACAGAUAAAGGAGAAAGAUUCGAGGAGAUAUGUCACAGGAGAUAAUGAAAUUAGACUUGGAGCUGCUGCCGAGUUCAACCACCACAGAAGGCAACAUCCUCAGAGGAACCAACAGCACCCCUUUGAUCAGUGGUCUUGGGUUUUUGCCACCUUCUCCCACUUGUACUUUUAUCAGUCGCCUUCAUCAAAUCAAACAGGAAGAAUGCAUGGAUUUAAUAAAAAGAGAAGUAAUUCAUGAAUGGGAGGUACAAACUACAAUGAAGAUAAGUCGAUCUUUGGAAGAAUCUUUGAACUUGGUGAAACUGCAUUUGAAAAUCAGCCUAAGAGAUUUUUCCAAGGCACAACCAACGUGGCUUCUUCUGAUACUACCUAACUUGGCAUUGUCUUCUCCUAGUCUGUCAUCUGUUCAGAUGCUCUUGAUGGAAACAACAGCAGUACAGGAUCUCCUUGUAAUUUACCAGCUAAAAUCAGCACUGUCACAAACUCACCUGUGUUGCCUGCAAUUCUGGUUCUCCUUUUAUUAUAGUAGAUGA